GCGCCGUCUCUCCUGCUGCGGUCACAAUGACGCGCUCCAAAACAUUUCAGGCGUACCUGCCCAACUGCCAUCGCACCUACAGCUGCAUUCACUGCCGAGCGCACUUGGCCAACCACGAUGAGCUCAUCUCUAAGUCUUUUCAAGGGAGCCAAGGCAGGGCCUACCUCUUCAAUUCAGUGGUGAAUGUAGGGUGUGGUCCAGCAGAGGAGAGGGUCCUUCUGACAGGUCUUCAUGCUGUGGCCGAUAUCUACUGUGAGAAUUGUAAAACCACACUGGGCUGGAAAUAUGAGCAUGCCUUCGAGAGCAGUCAGAAGUACAAGGAGGGCAAAUUUAUCAUCGAGCUGGCCCACAUGAUCAAGGACAACGGGUGGGACUGAAGACAUCCCCACGGAUGGCGUACUGGAAAGCGAUGUACAGCAUAUGAAUAAAUAGUUUCAUGAUCUGGCUGUAACUUUCUCCCUGGAAAUCUAUCUGGCACACAGCUAAACCUUGACAGUACAAGGUUUAUAGCAGCACCACACCACCCGAAUGUAACACGCGUGUGUGACUGAACGAAUGUGUGCCGGCUAGACACCAAGUGUGUGCAUAUACUAUGUAUUUUUUAAGACAGUGGGUGUGUAUGCUCCUCUGGCCAAGGUCUUUGAGACGUUGCGGUUUGUCUCAUACUCAGGUUUGAACUAAAAUGGCUGGAUCCAUGGAGAACGAGGGUGAAAGACAAACCCAUUAAAGCCUGGAGUAUAGUUCAGUCGAACGCACAGCCUUGCAAAGCAUAGUUUAUUUGACUCGUACGUGGACACAGAUGUUGCGACAAAUUGCGAUAUCUAUCCUGGGUUACAUACUCCUGUGCAUGCACGACGACGGUGCACGUACAGUACGCGAGUACUAUUCUGAUGAAGAAAUAAGCGGCAUGCGCCACUGUACGCUGACCCAGAAUUAUAAACUGAACUAUACUUUAGGCUUUAGCACAGCACCUUUACUUCAUUAGUGUUUGUUGUAAACGUGGCAAGAAAUAGGACGAUCCAUUUCUUGCCUCUUUACCUAGUGUUUGCUUUUUGUGUCUUCAUUUCUUUCUUUUCUUUUCCUUGCAUGUUUAUUUAUAUUUAUAUUUAUUGGUCUGUUUAUUUUGACAUGCUGUUUUGUUGUAGGAAUGUUACACCUACAGUAUGGUAACAGUAGUGGAUGUAGCAAUGUUUUCUACAUUUCCUUUCCAGAUUGUAUUGAGUAUCUUUUUAAAUGUGUUUGGUGAUUAUAGGGUAAAUGACGCAUUUAUAUGCCAUUUAUAGGGCACAGGUCAUAAAUAUGUGAGUCUUUAGCCCGACCCAGCUGUAAGGAUUGAAAGGGAACUGAGCCUGUUUUAUAGUGAUGUCCCCUUUGGUCUCAUUAGUUCCCGCCAUCUAACUCCAAAUCACAGAAAGUGGUAUACCAGACUUUCUUGCCACGUGUUAGCGAUUGACAGCUUAUGUGCCAAUGAGUGAGGUAAUUCAGCAAGGGCUUAUUUUAAAAAGCCUUGGCACAACCAAAGACCUUCAUCAAGCAUACGCUGACCAAACUGAGUUUGAUUUGCUGUCUUAGUCGUGGUGUUGUGUCAACUCUGUCGUUUGGUUCGGUUGUGUUGUCUUGUGUGAAUCAAAAGUGACUUUAGCGUUAGUCUUUUUUUUAAGUGUGUAUUUAUGAUUAUGGAUAAUUAUUGUUUAGCACAAGAUCUUACUUCUGUGUGUGUAUUGUUUGUGCGCCACCUAUUUCAACUUUUUUUAAGGAAAAGUUUGAGUAAUUUUGAAUCAGAAUAUUUAAUCUGAUAUCAAUAAAGUUGUCAUUUUUUUAUGUC